AUGGGAAUCAUCUUGCUGGAGGACGUGCUCGAAGCGCUGCUCCGCGAGCCGAUCUACGAUGAAACCGACCUAGACGAGCAUGCCCUUCAAUGGAUCAACAAUCUGCUUGCACAACAAACAAGCAUCACAGCUGAGCCCUCUGCUGCCAAGUUGGUGUUGCUCAAUCACAGAAAAGCUCUGAAACUAUUGGCCAAACGACUCGGUGGCCCUUUGGUUGCUUCUUGCAAGCUUCACACCAGCAAGAGUUUCUAUGCUCUUAGUGAUAACAAUAGAUUGAGUACCGCGACACAAAUUUGUACUCUGGAAUGCAAUCAGAUAAGCAAAUUUUCUAUCUUAGGAGGUGGUGCACCUGAAGAUUGGACUAAUGCUUCAUUUGAGGAACAAAAUCCAGAGAGGUGCGGAUUGAGAUUACCCUUGUACAGGUAG